CAUUUUCAUGCUAGGGAAUAGAUUUGUUUGAAUGCUUGCAUCGAAUACAACUCCAACAGGGAGAGAAUUGUUGGGAAAAGGUUUGUGUGAAGGAACUCCCUCCUGCAAAGUGACAGAGGUGACACCUGAUAUCAAAGCUUUCCAUGUUCUGGACAGUUUGCUUGGAACUGUGAUGGGCCAUAUGGAUUUGGAGCUUUGCUGUUCUGCACAGAUUGCUGUGGCACCUUUCCAGAGCUUCAGUCCUUAUUCUUGCUUAGCUCCAGUGUGUGGGAAUCGAGUUAAUCUCUCCAGUGCUUUGCCUCUGGGCGUCACAACCGUGCGUAAUUCACGUGUGUCAUCGCCUAAAUUCAGUACUUGGGCCUUAGGUGUCAUGUUAGUGGUGUCCUGGCUGAACCUUUGCACUGGUUUUUGUCAGUAAGAGACAUUAACUGGUAGUUCCUGAUAGAACAUGAGUGCAGAAGUUUGCAGUUCUUGCUCACCUGUAGCACCCCAAAAUACAGAUUGCCAUGAAGUUCUCUGCAGCUGGUGUUCUGAUUUGCUCCUCUCUACAUCCUCCCAUCCCUAAUGUCCCUUCUAGUAUCUCAUUACUCCAAACCCAAGGUUGAGUCAGAUCCUGGGGAGUCUUCCCUGAUGAAAACACACAAGAUCAAAUAUAAAAAUAAAAACAACUGCAUAAAACAAUACAAACUCAGCACUUUCAGUUCAGGCAGUUUAGUGACCAGAGGAUGCUCUGCUUAAACAAUUAAACAAAACUCCUUAUCCCAUCAGCAUGUCUGAUGGAACAGGCCAACUGCUUAAGCUAUGAUUAUCUUAAAGCUGUCCAAGUCAGCUGCUUGUCUGACACUGCAGGAAUUUAAAGAGCUGAGCAGUAGAUAAGGAGGCAGCAAAGCAGCAGCCCUGUUCUCCCUGUCCUGCAAGGAGAGAGCUCCAUGAGUUCAUCUGAUGGUAAGGACAGCUUCAUAUUGCUAAUAAACAUAGGGCUUGAAAAUGCCAGGGGAGGAUCCAUCUUUAGGUGUGUUCUGUAUAUUUGCUCCUGUCUGAUGAUGUCUGCAUUAAAAUGUUUAAUGGCUUUAGUGAGGAAGUUGUUGAAGCCAUAGAUGGGGAGGAACAUUUAAAAUCUCAACUCUUAAAAUACAUGGACACAGGGUAUUAAAUUAAAAAGUGUGUGUACAGACUCAACUCCCAUUUUUCUGAGCAUAGUAUUUCCCACUGUUCUUGAAUUUUAAAAACUUACUGUAGCUCAGAAGAAGAGAGAGGUUGGCUGUGAGUUUCCAAGAUUCACUUGUAUCCUAUUCCUCUCCUGGUCUUGGUGCAGUUUGUGGUUUUCUUGCUGUUUAGGUAUAUCCUCUUCCUGAUGUGAACUGGUUUGUGCACUGGCAAGUGUCGAUGUGAAAAGGGGCAGGGUUGGUGUGGAGAACAUGAGGUCAGAGCCCUUGUAGGAGUUCCCUUCAGGUGGGAAUUGGUGUUUAUGACUGACCCUCUUUUAUCCUCUUCUAGUAGCAUUUUUGUCAUGGUUACUCCUGCCCCAAAGUACUUCCUGUUUUCUAAACUGUUGUUUUGGGAAUUAACACUUGUGUGAGUCUCUCUUAAAGCACAGCAUUUAGGCAGUGAAAUACAGAGAGGUACAAUACCAUCAUCUUCUGAUAUUUUCUUUAUUGUGGCUUCAAACACACUCACUACCCAUCACCAUCCCUUAAAGUAUCAUUUGAACUUGAGUGGAGCCACUCUGGGUGACAGAUGCUGAGACACAGCUUUCCUCAGCACCCUGGGAUUUUGGGAAGAGCCAGUUUACAGCCCAAGCUGCAGGGAAGGUCAGUCCCCCCCUGCAUGCAGGGAGCAGCAGAAAGCUGAGGGAAGGUGGCUUUGCUUACAGAUGUUUUCAGGCAUCACCUUUGUCAGUGCUGACGUGGGUUGUCCCUUAGGCUGAGCCCUCCUAAGCUGAGCAGAUGGCCUGGCUCCACGUGGGAUCCCAACACGUUGCCUGUGUUGCAUAUUAGUGGCAGGACAUGUGCAGGAGCACAAAGCUCGUUAGGGGCUCUGCUUGUGCAGGGAUAUCAAAGGCUCCUGGUGUAAGCAGGCAAAGUGACAACCCUGUUGUUAUUCUGGUACAACCAGCUGAGUUGCCCAAGUGAUUGUGCAUGUUGAUUGUGUGUGUCACUUUAUCUGCCUGGAAGCUCUUUGUGAGUCCUUUGUCAACACAGGAAGCUGCCCUGAACCCCAUCUCCCAUUAUAGGCUCUUUAUUUUUGCUUUAAACAGGCAGUUUUAUCAUCCUUGUGUAUAUUCUUCUGCAUAUUUCCUUUUAGUGGAAUGUUUAUUCUUGUUGUCAUAGAAGCUGUUUGUUUUUAAAGGAAAAACAUAAUUGGGAAAAGCACUUAGGGAUGUCACACACAUAUUUACUGUGUGACCUGAGAAUGAGUGCUGAGGACUUUGGGAUGAGCAGGCACAUGCUGCCAGUACCAGAACUUGGUGGAAGACUGGCUACCAGCUCCUAACAGUUUAUAAAAGAAGUGAUUUUACACACUGUCAUCACUGGGAAGCUGAGAGCUCGAGGCUUCAUGCAGCAAGUAAUGGCUUUUCAGUAAAUUGAGACAUUUAUAGAGACCUGAUGGCGACACUUGAAGUAGUAUUUUCCCUGAGAGCAUUCCCAAUUCACCAGCAAUUUUUCUCUCCCCUGCAAUUCCUGAUCUAAAACCAUCACCAUACUUAAAAUGAAUGCAUGGUUCCUAAAAGCUAAUCUUAGAAAUGGCUUGACAUCCUUCUAAUUCCCAAGCUUGCCUGAUGCACCUUUUGCUUGCCUGGCUCCCAGUAAGCUGCUGCAGUGCCCGAAGGAAUGCCCUCACCCAGCUCCCUUGGGAUGCUCUGUAUGAUGGCUUAGCUGCACGAGGCCAUGUGCAUGAGCUCUGUCACCACAGGUUGUGCAGACAUGGGACACCUGCAAGGUGUCCUCCUUGGCUGUGCUUUCUCCCUCUGUAACUGGAAAAAGUGCUCAGUCAUCCCCAGCCUGGGGAAGGGAGCGUGCAAUGGCACUAGAGGGAGAGGGAGAGACAGGAGCGAUGGGAAGCAGCAGGGCAAGCAUGGAGGAGAAAAAUGCUCAGGAUCUCUGCCAAAGGAAGCCAUAAGCUUGGUCAAGUCCUUCUGGCUCAAGCUGAGAAUAGCAAAGCAGCAAGAAAUCAGGCAGCAGCAAUGAACUACCUGGAUGAAGUUCCCUUCCGGACAGCCAUGAGCCUCAAUGGGGACUCAGAGGGAGAAAUCCCUUUAGUCACUGCCCCAGACAUUGAGCUCCCUGACUGCACCGACAUCCUCAUGAGCACCAUGCACGACUUCUCACUGGAAAGGAAAGUGCUGUACUGGGUGGAGGUGGCCUCUCAGCAGCAAACCUCCCGCCAUCGAGUCACCUCUGAAGUUGUCCCCACGGCUCCCCCGUGCUGGCUGCUGCUGGUGGACCCCGCUGACAGCUACGGGGGGCGAGGUCGGGACGGGGCAGUGCGGCGCUCCAUCAGCCUGAGCGCUGCCGACAGCUCCUACGGGCACGCCAAGGGCAGGGUGGUCCUGUCCGACACCGAGAGUGACACCUGGCACUCGGAGGAGGGCGAGUACUCGGAUGAUGAAUACUCCUCCACCUCUUGGGAAGAGAAUGACAAGGAUGAAACGCUCCUCUCCAGGAGGAGAAGCUCUGCGAGAAGUGUGUCUUCACGCACUGGCUUUUACCAGACCCGACCAAAGACAUCACCGGGCUUGCUGGAGCCCUCACCAGAGAACAACAUCCACAGCCCAGCCAGCCCAGAUCCCAGCAAGCAGAGAAGAUCCAUGGUGAUAUUUAACAAUAUGAAGAACGAGCUGGGAGCUGCCAGGAGGAAGCUGGCUGCUUUGGUGCAUCCUUUGAACAGAGCUGCCACAGGGAGCAGGGGGAUCCUGGUGCCAAGGCUGCUGCCCCAGUGCCCUGGCACCAACCACAGCGUCAAGUACGGGCCAGAUCCUGAUGUGUCCCAGCAGAGCACCAGUGUGCCAACUCAUCCGGCCACAGCCACACCGAUUCCUCCCAUCAAGCAGCACAAGCCCACAGUACCGUCCCUCAGCCCCUACACUUGCCUCCCCCCUGCCUCCACGCCUGGACGACCUCUCAGCUGCCACAGAUCCCAGCCAGAUUCCUCUGCUGACCUGCUCUCUGCGCUGAGCCAAGAGGAGAGAGACCUCAUCGAGCCCGUCAUAGCCCUGGGCUACCCCACCCAGAAAGCCAUCCUCACCCUCCAGAAGACAGGAAGGCAAAGCUUAAGUCAGUUCCUGAGCUACCUGGGUGCCUGUGAUCGGCUGCUGAAGCAGGGCUAUGAGGAAGGGCAGGUGGAGGAAGCCAUGGAAAUGUUCCAGUACUCAGAGAAAAAGGCAGCUGAAUUCUUGCACCUGUUGGCUCAGUUUAAUGAUAUGGGCUUCCAGCAAAAUGAAGUCAAAGAAGUUCUUUUGCUUUGUGGGAAUCAGAGCGAGAGGGCACUGGAAGAGCUUGUGAUGAAAACCCACUGAGCAGCAUCCUGGAGCAGUCACAGCUUCCCCUCUCCACAUCAGACCAGAAGGACUCAGGUGAUUCUGCUGCUCCAUCCCCGCCCCUGGAAGCACCAGACACACAGCUUCAAAGUUCUGCCUUGGUGUCUCAUUUUAUGGACAUUGAUCCUAAGAGUGUUUUUCAUUCAGGCACUGAGUGCAUAGCAGGAAUGUUUAUCUCCUCACCCACACAUCCCCACCCUUGAUCAUCUCAGCUAUUCAGAUUAGAGAUGAUCCAAACUGCCUUCGGCUUAGAUUUUUGCAAAAACCAAACCAAACCAGUGUUCUCCCUCCACCUGGGGUGAUGGGUGUCAUGUUUUCAGCUAAAAUCAAGUGGGGAUUCUUAAAAGAUUAUAUAAAUCAACAGAAUAAAUUGUUUUCCUAAAAUCAGAAGGCUCCUGCAGGAACAUGUGUUAGUCCUGGCUUGGGAGGAGUCUCAGCUGACUUAGUCAUGGUUGAAUAUUGUAAUUUAAAUCCACUUUGAUCAUAUUAGCUUCUCCUUUUAAACCAGAAAUAUGAGGAAAAUACACAGUUCCAUGUGGAUAAAGAAAGAAAACAAGCUGCCCUUGCUCUGAAAUACAUGAGGUUUAUCCAGUGCAAUGGAAACUGGUGGAGGAAAAGGUUUGUCCUCAGGCAACUUCAUGAGAUCAGAACAGAGAGAUGGGGAACUGCUCACUGCCCUCAUGCUCUGCCCAAAUCAGGAAAAUUCAGGGGAUGCUUCCCUAAACUGUGAAGACAGUGGUUCCAAAUGAAGUGAAGCAUGAAUGUCAGCAUCAGGAACAUCUGGAUGCCCAAGGGAAUUUUUGUGUGUAACUGAAGGACAGAGAAUGGGAGAUCCAGAUCACUGUACAGGAUGUGUGUCUUGGCUUGGCAGUGGAACAGUGGACAGUGUUUUCACAUAAAGUGUGUUAUUUUCUUGUGAAUUAGAAACAGAUGUAAUUUCUUUGAGUAAAGAUGCUUGGGGGGUUCUUCUGCAACAUUUCUGUUUUUCUGUCAGCAUGCCAACUGGCACAACCCAGCAGAGAAAAUCCUUAGCUGUAUUCGUACCAUUUUCCAUUGUGCCCUUCCAAACAAUCUCCCAGUGCAAUGUGCUUCCAUCAAGGUAAAACACUAUGUCCCUUCUCCUUGGAUCUCCAGGUCGGUGCCAGACAACAACAGGAAGGUACAGCUCUCUAUUGCUGCCUUCAUUCUUGCCUGGAUGCAACAAGGAAACUUGGCAUCCAUGAUUUGGGGGAGUUGACCCAUCCAUCCCCAAGGAUGUUUUAUUCCUGCUCUUCUUUAAUGGCAUUGAAACAGAAAAUGUGGUACCCUGUAUGUCGUAGGGAUAUAUUCCUGGGGAGCCCUUUUCUGAACUCCCAGCCCUGUUUUUCCUCCUGCUUUCCCUUGGUUAUACAAGCUUUUAUUUUUGAUACGGCCCAUAUAAGGCAAGUCCAUCUACAGACAGCUUUUCCUUACAUUCCCCCUUGCCAAGAUGAUGUCACCUUAAAAACGAGACUUGCAAAAGGUUAAGCUGUGAUCAGGCAGAGUGCGUCACCUCGAACUGUGAUCUUUGGCGGAGCAAACACCGUGAGGAUGGAGAGGAGAAGAUAAGGGGGCUGUGCUGGUGCCAGUGGUGCUGAAUUCUGGUGGAGCAAAGCACCCUGGCAGCAUUGUGCCAACUCACUGUGCAAAGGCUGAGCAGAUUCUCGCCCUCCUUAGUUUGCUUGGUCCUGGAUCUUGGAUCAUUUCUUGCAGAGGUAAGAAAUGUAUCUUUUUUACCUCCCUUUGCACCUAAAAUUAUUUUGGUUUUCUUUCUGGAUCACAGUCUGGAUUGAUGGAUGCAACAAAUGGCUCUGGGGAGCAUCCAUGCCAUACUCAGCUGCCUGCCAAGACUCUUACCUUCAAGUGCUACACUUAAAAUCUUAAAACUUUUUGCAUUUUGUUGACAAAUUUCUUUGUAAACCCCUAAACUGUCAAGAAGCAGCAUGUGGAGGUGAGGAGAAGGUUGUAUCACUUGGUGUUGGAGCUGAAGGGUUCGGGUGAGCCUGCCAAGUUCUGUGGUCUAGGGUUGGCCACAGGAACCCAACAUAAAUAUUUUAGCAACAGAAUUAUUUUAACUUCAUUUUAAUGGAUGUUUAAACUGUUUGUUCAGCUUAAAAUUGUUUUAAAGCAACAUGUUUCCAUGUGCUGCUCUCAGGAGAAGACAAUGUGAAAUGUUAAUUCACA